AUAGCUGUAAUUUUUUCUUCCUAUCAGGACAAAAACAAAUUAGUACCUGCAUUUUUGAUGUUGAAGGGACUUGUGAGCCAACACAUUGAUUCAUUCAACUACUUCAUCAACAAAGAUAUCAAGGAUAUCGUGAAAGCUAAUGAAAAGUUAACCAUUAACAGUGAUCCAAAUUUUUAUCUCAAGUACAAAAAUAUUUACGUUGGCAAGCCCGAUGUCCAGGAAGCACUGAGCAUCAGCCAUCCGAUCAGUCCUCAUGAUUGUCGUCUCAGAGACAUGACGUAUUCGGCUCCAAUCACAGUCGAUGUCGAGUACACGAGAGGCAGCCAGAGAGUUUUGAAGAAUGGUGUCCCUAUAGGAAGGAUGCCGAUCAUGCUGAGGAGUUCCAACUGCUUGCUUACUGGUAAGGAUCCACUGGAACUGGCCAACAUGAAGGAAUGUCCGUUGGACCCAGGCGGUUACUUCAUUGUCAAGGGCGUUGAGAAGGUCAUCCUCAUUCAAGAACAAAUUGCUAAAAACAGAAUGAUGGUCGAAACUGAUCGAAAAGGAAUGUUUCAGUGUUCCGUCACCAGGCAUGUUGUCUUCAUUUUGCUAUUUUCAACCCAUGAGAAGAAGAGCAAGACGUACGUCUGCAUCAAGAGUGACAAGUACUACUUAAAGCACAACACUUUUACCGAUGAUAUUCCCAUCAUGAUAAUGUUCAAGGCAAUGGGAUUCGAGUGCGAUAUGGAAAUUGUGCAGAUGGUUGGGGUGGAGCUUCUUGUGCAAGAAGCAAUGGUUCCAUGUCUUGAAGAAUGCCAACAGGCUGAAGUUUUUACGGAACUUCAGGCUCUUAAAUACAUUGGGUCAAAACUUCGGCAACGUGCGUCACGAUCGAAUGACAAUGCUGAAAAUGAAUCGAAUGAAGAUUGGCGGGUGAAAGAGGCCCGAGAAUUAUUGAAGGAUACUAUCCUGGCCCAUGUCCCUGUGGUGAAUUGGAACUUCAAGUUGAAGGCCAUAUACAUGGCCCAGAUGAUGAGGAGGUUGUUGAUCGUGCAGGACCAAGACCAGCCACGAGGUGAUGAUCGAGAUUACUACGGCAACAAACGAUUGGAGCUUGCUGGCCAGCUUCUGUCGCUUCUUUUUGAGGAUCUUUUUAAGAAUUUCAAUUUUGAGUUGAAGAAAAUUGCCGACCAAACAAUUCCAAAGCUGCGAACGACGGAAUUUGACAUCCUGACGCACAUGAGGCAGGACCAGAUCACCAACGGACUCGUCUACGCCAUCUCUACAGGAAAUUGGACUAUUAGAAGAUUCAGAAUGAGAAGGGGAGGCAUAACUCAGCUCCUGACCAGGUUGUUGUCGUUCAUAUCCACACUCGGUCACAUGACCAGGAUAUCGAGCCAGUUUGAAAAAACCCGCAAAGUGAGCGGGCCUCGAUCUCUGCAGACAUCACAGUGGGGCAUGUUGUGUCCAUCUGAUACGCCUGAAGGAGAGGGAUGCGGCCUAAUAAAGAAUCUAGCCCUGAUGACUCACAUAACCACCGACCUUCCGGAGCAUCACAUCAUCAAGAUAGCAUUGGAUCGCGGUGUGCAGGACAUCAACAUGCUCAAUGGCGAGGAAAUCACAUCACAUAAAGUUUACAUGGUUUUCGUUAAUGGUAACAUCAUUGGGGUGAUCCGCAACUACGACAGGUUGGUGAGGGACUUCCGUAUGCUGCGUAGAGCCGCUAAAAUUAGUGAAUUCGUUUCCGUCAGUCUGAACCACUGCUGGAGGACUGUCCACAUCGCCACGGAUGGAGGGAGGGUUUGCAGGCCAUACAUAAUAGUUGAGAAUAAGAAGCCAAAGGUAAAGAGAGAUCAUCUGGAUUCUUUGACUGGCAAAUCAAAGACGUUUGAAGACUUCCUACAUGAAGGCCUGGUUGAAUACUUGGAUGUCAACGAAGAGAAUGACUGCUUGAUAGCCAUGUAUGAAAAGGACAUCACGGAGAAGACAACUCACUUGGAGAUAGAACCCUUCACGAUCUUGGGCGUGUGCGCAGGUCUGAUUCCCUACCCCCACCACAACCAGUCCCCCCGUAACACCUACCAAUGUGCUAUGGGCAAACAGGCCAUGGGUACCAUCGGAUACAACCAGCAAAAACGCAUGGACACUGUCAUGUACCUGCUCAGCUAUCCUCAAAAACCUCUCGUCACCACUAAAACAAUACAGAUGAUAGGAUUUGAUAAGAUACCAGCAGGACAAAACGCUACAGUGGCAGUCAUGAGCUACUCAGGUUAUGACAUCGAAGAUGCUCUCAUCAUCAAUCAGGCAUCUCUCGAUAGAGGUUUUGGUCGCUGUGUUGUAUCUCGUAGUUCAAAGGCUGUGUUGAAGAGAUAUACAAACCAGACAUUCGACAAAUGCAGUGGUGCUCUCGUAGAUGCACAAACAAGGAAACCCAUCUGGAAACAUGACAUCCUUGAUUUGGAUGGCAUUUGUUCACCAGGGGAACAAGUCCAGAACCGACAAGUAUUAGUUAACAAGCACGUCCCGACUGUAACAGAUCCAAUACAACAGAAGCAACAAACUCCUGAAACUGCUGAUCAUCGAGAACCGCCGGCGUACAAAGAAAUUCCCUUGGAUUACCGGGGCAUUGAGAGUUCAACUGUAGAUCAAGUUUUAUUGACGACCAAUGAGGACGACGCUACGCUGAUCAAGGUGAACCUCCGACAGACCAGAAGACCUGAAAUUGGCGACAAAUUCAGUAGCAGACAUGGACAGAAAGGUGUUUGCGGGUUGAUUGUGCCACAAGCAAACUUGCCAUUCAACAAUCGGGGGAUGUGUCCUGAUAUUAUAAUGAAUCCACACGGAUUUCCGUCUCGUAUGACGGUCGGUAAGUUGUUGGAACUGGUUGGGUCCAAAGCAGCAGUACUUGAUGGCGAGUUCAAGUUUGGCACAGCUUUCAACGGGACACCGUUGCAGGAGAUUUAUGAGUCACUCAUCACCCACGACUUCCACUAUGAAGGGAAGGAUGUUUUCACGUGUGGCAUCACUGGAGAGACGUUGCAGGCAUACAUCUUCUCUGGACCGAUAUACUACCAAAAGUUGAAGCACAUGGUCAUGGACAAGAUCCAUGCACGAGCCCGAGGUCCCACGGUAUCUAUGACCAGGCAGCCUACCGAAGGUAGAUCGCGUGACGGAGGACUGAGAUUGGGCGAGAUGGAGAGGGAUUGCCUUAUUGGGUAUGGUGCCAGCAUGUUAUUGUUGGAACGACUGAUGCUUUCGAGUGAUGCCUUCAGCAUCGACGUUUGCAACAAGUGUGGCCUCGUUGGAUACUCAGGAUGGUGUCAAAGUUGCAAAUCAUCGUACGAUGUGUCAUCAAUCAAAAUUCCAUAUGCCUGCAAAUUGUUGUUUCAAGAGCUUCAAUCAAUGAACAUCGUGCCCAGGCUGACCUUGAAACCAUACAACGAAGACUGAAUAAAACUUAUCUUGAAUCUUAUCAAACUCUGCAAUGACUGUUUUACAAUGUACAUAUGAAUAACUUGAUUACUGUAGAGCACGAUUGUCCAAGUUGAGCGAUAAGCAUGUAAAUAUGAUAUCGGAUGAACGCGAAAAAAUACAUUUGCAUUUUCACUAUGUAAAUACGACCUAGUCUGUUUUUAUUAUUUUUUCACGUUCGAAAUAACAACAAAAUCGUUAACAAACAAAACAACUUUAUGGUAAAUGAUUAAUAAAUUAAAUAAAU